AUGGCCCAUGCUGGACUAAUUGAAGCCAAUGGAGAGCUUAAGGUGUUUAUAGACCAAAACCUAAGUCCUGGAAAAGGGGUUGUUUCUCUAUUGGCUGUUCAUCCUUCUACAGUAAAUACACUUGGAAAACAGCUCCUGCCAAAAACAUUUGGACAGUCUAAUGUCAACAUUGCACAACAAGUGGUCAUUGGUACACCUCAGAGACCUUCAGCGCCAAAUACUAUCCUGGUAGGAAGUCCACAUACACCCAACACACAUUUUGUAUCACAGAACCAGACUGCAGACUCUUCACCUUGGUCUGCUGGGAAGCGGAACAAAAAAGGAGAGAAGAAUGGAAAGGGUUUACGUCAUUUCUCUAUGAAGGUUUGUGAGAAGGUACAAAGAAAAGGAACCACCUCAUACAAUGAGGUGGCAGACGAGUUGGUUGCAGAAUUCAGUACCACUGAUAAUCACAUUUCACCAAAUGAAUCACAGGCUUAUGACCAGAAGAAUAUUAGACGACGUGUCUAUGAUGCCUUAAAUGUCCUUAUGGCCAUGAACAUUAUCUCUAAGGAGAAGAAGGAAAUCAAGUGGAUUGGUCUACCUACUAACUCGGCUCAGGAAUGUCAGAAUUUAGAGGUGGAGAAACAGAGAAGACUUGAAAGAAUAAAGCAAAAACAGUCUCAACUACAAGAACUCAUUCUGCAGCAAAUUGCCUUCAAGAACCUCGUUCAACGAAACCGUCAAGCAGAACAACAGGCAAAUCGACCGCCACCUUCCAAUUCUGUCAUCCAUUUGCCAUUUAUCAUUGUGAACACCAGCAAAAAGACAGUGAUUGACUGCAGUAUUUCAAAUGACAAGUUUGAAUAUCUAUUUAAUUUUGACAAUACUUUUGAAAUCCAUGAUGAUAUAGAAGUACUAAAGCGAAUGGGAAUGGCUUGUGGGCUAGAAUCUGGAAGCUGUUCAGCAGAGGACCUAAAAAUGGCAAGGAGUUUGGUUCCUAAGGCUCUGGAACCGUAUGUGACAGAAAUGGCUCAGGGAUCAAUCAGCAGUGUAUAUGUCACAUCUUCAUCAGGUUCUGCAUCAAAUGGCACAAGAUUUUCAGCCAGUGACUUUUCCAAUGGUGGCGAUGGGAUGUUGGCGACAAGCUCCAAUGGAUCUCAGUACAGUGGCUCCAGAGUUGAAACGCCAGUUUCUUAUGUUGGGGAUGAUGAUGACGAUGACGACGAUUUUAAUGAAAACGAUGAUGACGACUGAUGCCCUUUGCUUGUAGACUAUUUUUUGUUAAAAUUCAGCAAGCUUCAGGAAUAAAUUGUUCUAGGGAGAAGUGUCUCAAAUUACUUUGCCCCAUCCCUCAAGGAGAAUAUUGGUAAGCAGUUCCGAGUUUAGAAAUUGCACCUCUGAUAAGCAAACAAGGAUCGUUUUAUGUAGGAUACUUUUAAAUGUGGUGUGGAUGUGUGUUUUUGAUACCAGUGUGUUAAUGCAGAGCCUUUAUUUACUCUUGUUUUAGGGGUUUUGGUUUGUUGGUUGUUUUUUUGUUUGGUUUUGGUUUUUUUUACUUGAAGGAAAAUGGAUUUUGCCCCAAAUGUUCUUGCAAAGUUUGCUAAAAAAAUGUAGACACAUCAUUGAGAAAUAAAAUGCUGUCCUUCUGUGGAAAAUGAA